CGUCUGUAGUGUAUGUGUAUGAUGGUGGUUCAGGUCAGGUGCGCAGAGGCUGGCCUGAAAGCAGGGAGAAGGAGAUCCCAGAUGCAGAAAUAGUAAAAAAAUACCCCUUGACUAAAAAGGCUAGUGUCAGUAAGAGUUGGUUGUGUUACGUUUGCCAGCAGUCUCUAACGAUUUGCAUAGACGGUUCGGUAACAAGCUAGUGGAAAAAUAUGAGGGAUAUUGAGUUAAGAGGCAUGUUUUCUGCGCAUAUUAUUCUGGUCCUGUCCAUUGUCUUUUCUACUUUGGUCCCCUCUCUAUUUUUGGAUGAGUUUUCUGUAACAGGAACCCACUUGCUGUGGUUGUGUGUUUGCUCUGCCACUGUUGCUGCUGUUACCAUUGUUUUGUAUUUAUUAUUGGAAACGAAUCCUACCUCCAACAAAAAGAAUUCCCUCGGUAGCAAGAUCACUAAGAUCUUCAGAUCCUGUUUGUUGUUCUUUAUAUCCUGUGUAAUAUUUCAUGGGAUUUUAGUUUUAUAUGGAGCCCCACUUCUAGUGUCCUUCAGGGAGACCUUUAUGUUUGCUGUACUUUUGUCAACCUUUACAACACUUCGUUGCCUAUGUAUGCUGGGACCCAAUGUCCAGGCCUGGAUACGUGUCUUCAGUAAAAAUGGGGCUAUGUCAAUCUGGGAUACCAGUCUUCAGAUCACCACAAUUUGCAGUUUGUUUGGAGCCUGGCUUGGAGCAAUUCCUAUUCCGCUGGACUGGGACAGACCUUGGCAGGUGUGGCCAAUUUCCUGUACACUUGGAGCAACAUUUGGAUUCACUAUCAGUCUUGUCAUCGCACCAUUAUGGAUAUACUGGCACAAGAAACACCUCACAUACAAAUGCAGAUGAUUUCAGCAGCUAUUGAGAAGGCUCUAAUACAUUUGGUUAAACCAACUCCAUUCCGAACUAUGCAGAACCACAUGUGGGUAAUCGGCAUCUCUCCAAGGCUUUAUUUUGUAGAAUAAAAAUGUUUACUUUUCUUGAACACUGUUCCAGAACAGAAUAAGUUUUUCUGUGGCAUGCCUCAGAUGAUUUGCUUCCUAACUUAAGGGGGGGGG